AUGGUCGCUGCUGAUUGGUCUGACAUCCGAAUAGACGCUAAGAACGGUACUUUUGUAGAUCAACAUCAUAGAAACUGCUAUCCGCGCGGUGUCAACCUCAGCGGUGGUUCAAAACUCCCAAGCAACCAAUCAGCUACAAACCACGAGGAUUUCUACAACUGGAAAGCUGUCAGCUUUGUUAACAAGCCAUUCCCUAUCGAAAACGCUGAGUAUCACCUCAACAAACUCAAAAAUGCUGGUAUGACAUUUAUACGUCUUAUCGUCACUUGGGAGGCACUAGAGCAUUCUGGAUGUGGUAUCUACGAUUAUGAAUAUAUGGACUAUCUAGCUACGCUCUGCAGCCUCAUGGAGAAGCACGGAUUUAAGAUCGUUAUAGACGCACACCAAGAUAUUUGGUCUAGGAUGACAGGCGGCAGCGGUGCGCCAGGAUGGACAGUCGAACUCGCAGGCUAUGAUGUGCGUGCAUUAGACGACACAGCAGCUGCCUACCUCUACCCAAUCCGCUCACAGAAAGGGCCAAACUGGUCAGCUCAACCAGGUGAUGGCCUUGAACAUGGAGUCUGGCCGAGUGGGUAUCAGAAGAAUAGCGCUGCGACACUCAGUACCCUCUUCUGGGGUGGUUCAACGUUUGCACCGUCGUUUGUCAUUGAUGGAAAAAAUAUCCAGGAUAUACUUCAAGAAGCCUAUCUGAACGCCUUCGCAGAGCUUUCGAAGAGACUUGAAUCUCCUGCUAUCGUCGCUUUCGAACUCAUGAAUGAGCCGCAUAGAGGCUACAUCGAGCUCGACAACUUCGAGUGCUGGAAUUACAAUACUGAUCUACACAUAGCGCAUAUGCCGACACCUGUACAAGGUAUGGCACUCGCGAUGGGUCAUGCUGUUACUGUCGACUACUACACUCGCACAUUCCCAUUCCCAACGCGCAAAUCGGGCGUGAGGAAGAUAAGUCCAGUACGGAAAGCUUACAAAAAUGAUGCGGUCUGUCCUUGGCUACGCGAAGGUGUAUGGGCAUAUAGCACAGAUAAAAGCAAGCCAGUUGUCUUGCGUCAGGACUACUUCAAAAAACACCCUCUCACAGGCAAGACUGUCGAAUGGUAUCACGACUUCUAUAUGCCUUUUGCGAAGAAGUUUUAUGAAAAAUGCGCAAAUGGUCGCUGGUGUGUCGUUGAGCCAAUACCCAAUGAAUUCUUUCCAAAUAUACCCGCGGAAGAGCAACCUAAGAAGCUCAUUGCUAGUCCUCAUUGGUAUGAUCUUAAUGCACUCUUCAAAAAGGAGGGCACAUGGUGGUCUGUCAACGUGCAAGGUCUAGCGAGGGGUAUGAUGAUCUGGAAUGCACUUUAUAUCGGAUACGGAGGUCUUAAAAAGAACUACGCCAAGCAGAUUGGCCGAUUGGUUCAUGAGGCCAAGAAAAACUUAGGUGAUGUACCCGUCUUCUUUGGCGAAACUGGCAUCCCAAUGGAUCUCAACGACGGAGAAGGUCAGAAGAAAGGGAUGUGGAAGUAUCACGAAUGGUCGCUCGACGCCCUCAUUUGCGCACUCGAAAAACAUGCUACUUCUUUCACGUUAUGGAAUUACAACCCAGAUAACAUUAACGAUGGCGGUGAUGUAUGGAACGGCGAGAACUUCAGUCUGUUCUCCAAGGACGCAAUCAAGGGCGACGAUAGUGUUACAGACGGACUCCGCAUACCGGAAGUAUGGAUACGUCCAUAUGCUAGCAAAGUAAGCGGUGAGCCCCUCGAGAUGGCGUACAACCGUGGUGAAAAGAAGUACACGCUCAGGAUGCGUCCACGUGAGGGUGUGUCUGAAAUAUUCAUCCCUGCCGCAUUCUUCGAUGCAGUUGAAGUCGUAAUCGACGGGGGUUCUUACGAGUAUGUAAAAUCAGAUCAAACGGUUUAUUGGAAGACAGAAUCAUCAAAUGACGUAGUGGAGAUGUCCAUCAAGAAUCCUAAACACAAGGUACCAGAGACCUUCUUCAGUAUGUAUGGACCACUUAUCGCGUCACUUUUAUUCAUGCUUGCCGCCGUCGUUGCUCGGAAUCAUAUCCAACCUGUCCUUCUCGCACUCAAGGAACAACAACAGUGAUUGUAGAUUUUAUCAAUUUAACUUUUUUAUGGCCGUUUUACCA